GAACAUUUAGUGAGGUUUAUAAAGUACCACGUUUGUCUUGUAGCUGUAGCACAUGGUCUUGAGCCCGAGAGCAGCCCACAUCGAGAAAAGCUCAAAGAAGACUGAAAUGGCAAAGCCGCAAACAUUAGGAUGCUGAAUGGUACUGUGUCCUUUAGGGGGCAGACCAGGUUUUGCGAGCUCUUGUUUGCGUGUUCAGCUCCUCCCUUGCUGCCCAACUGAACCCUGGUCCCGGUCUUCCUGUCUGUGGGGAAGAGUAAGGAAUGUAAAUGUCCUCGGAGGAUUUGGAAGCGCAGGAGGAUGAGCUGCUGGCUCUAGCGAGCAUCUACAAUGAGGAGGAGUUCCACAGGGCUGAGUCUGCCCAAGGAGGGGAGAUACGCAUCAACCUGGAGCUGCCACAAGAUUUCCGAAUAUUCGCAAAAGGACAGUUCAGACGCAGUGCAUUUGGGGCUGCACAAGAUUUUGUUGGGGAAGAACAUAUUAAAUAUCCAGUGUCUUUUCUACCGACUCUCAUUUUGAACUUUGAACUUCCAUCAGAUUACCCUUCGAAUUCUCCUCCAGUCUUCACUUUGAGCUCCAGAUGGCUUUCAAGAGUCCAGCUGGGGACUCUGUGCAAGCGCUUGGAUGAGCUGUGGCAGGAGAAUGUAGGGAGUGUGGUCCUCUUUUCUUGGAUUCAGUUCCUCAAAGAAGACCUCUUUAGCUUCCUGAGCAUCGAGUCCCCGUUGGAAGUCACGAAUAGCAAUAAAGGCAAGCAGGAGCGAAAGAAGGAAGGAGCUGGCAAAGACAAUGCAGAAGACACAGAGAAGGACUCGAAAGAGCAGCCAGAUCCCCGGGCUAUCCAAGAAGUAGAUCCCCGUAGCAACCUCCUUCUUCAGCUGUUGGAUUUUGACGAGAUGCAGCAACAGAAGGCCUUUGACAGCAAAAUGUUCUGCUGCAACAUCUGCUUCUCUGAGAAGAUGGGAUCUGAGUGCACGUGCUUUAAGGAUUGCAAGCAUGUGUACUGCAAAGAGUGCAUGAGGGAUUACUUCCAGAUCCAGAUCAGAGAUGGCAAUGUCCAGUGCCUUAACUGCCCAGAGCCUGAGUGCAGCUCUGUUGCCACACCUGCUCAGGUCAAGCAUCUGGUUGGAGAAGAGCUUUUUGCUCGCUAUGACCGUCUCCUGCUUCAAUCCAGCCUGGACCUCAUGGCAGAUGUUAUGUACUGCCCUAGAAAGAUGUGUGAGACAGCUGUGUUGGUAGAGCCAGACACCACCAUGGGUAUCUGCCCCUCCUGCCAGUAUGCCUUCUGUACCCUUUGUAAGAUGGGCUAUCAUGGGCUGUCUCCAUGCCGGGCCACAGCAGCGGAGCUGCGAGGCCUACGUGAUGAGUAUCUGAAGGCCAGCGAGGAGGAGAAGCAGUUUCUGGAGCAGCGCUUUGGGAAGAGAGUCAUUCAGAAGGCGGUGGAGGAGUCGUUCAGCAGUGAAUGGCUAGAAAAGAACUCCAAAGCCUGUCCACGCUGUAGCUCAAACAUUCAGAAGGUGGACGGCUGUAACAAGAUGACCUGCACCAGCUGCAAGCAGUACUUCUGUUGGCUGUGUUUGGGCCCACUGUCAAGGGUCAAUCCAUAUGGCCAUUUCAACGAUACCUCAUCUCCCUGCUUUAAUCAGCUGUUCCAAGGAGUGGAUAUUGAUGACGAUGAGGAAUUCUGGAGCGAUGAAGAGGACUAACAGCGGAAAGUGUGGAUGGGACACAUGGCCCGUUACUAAGGAGCUGCUGUACACUGCACCUUAUUUCAGAAAUCUAGUCUGAGCUAGAGGGUUUUCCCCUGAAGAAGAAUGUCGUUAUUAUCACAAUGCAAGCUUAUAUUAGUGAGCACUUUCAGUUUUGUGCUGAGACUAUAUUCAUUAAAAAUCGAUAUGAGCCAUUAGUUUUUUGGGAUAUGUACACUGAGCAUCUUUAUCACAGUAUUUCUUUGCACAAAACACUAAAAACAGAAACAAAGUCCAGCAUCUUAGUUUGGGAGACACCAAACUGUAGGUUCUGUCCUUUACCUGUGCACUCCUUUGUCCUGCACCUUCAUAAGAUCCAGUAAAAAGGGACAAUCACCCCUUGUCCACAGUCCCUAUGUGUGGCAUUCCAGUAGCUAACAGUAGUACCAGUUUCUUGAUGCUGUCCUGGCAGAAGGCUUUUUUACUGCUGCUUAAUUACCAUUUUACUCUGGGUUGGAGCUCAUUAUCACCAGUAGAUCUUUGAGUUCAGUUUUUGGGGUGCAAGGAAUAAAAAAUCAUGGGGACAAGAUAUGGGCUGUAUGAUAGAGGCACAGUCUGUAAUGAACGAUACCUGCUCAUAAGUUUUAUUGAUAAAUCGUUGAAACUGUUAUAAGUUUGAGUACCUUAUGUAUUCCACCAUGAAGUGGUUAUGCAAAAGAAGAACAGAAGAGUGGGAUGGAUAUUAUUUUGUGAUGUGUGCUUUACAAUAGUUCUUAAUGGUUUUCAAAGGUCACUUCAUCAGAUAGCUGACAGUAAUGUACAGUUUCUUUAGACUAAUGGUAACUGUGUGAAACAUGUAAAUAAAGCUUUUGGUUAAAACUUGAAAAA